CACACACAAACUUCCCUCCAUCCAGAGUUGAAAAAAUCCAGUUUUCUGAUUGGUCCUCUGGUCAGGUGCUUCAGAUACUUAUUUCCAGGUGAAAGAGACGUUAACCCUUAGCUGUCUGUUUAUGACAAUCCAGCAGACAGAGCUGGGCUGCCUCUGCUCUAGGUGCCCGGAGGAGGCAAGGUGUGAAGGGCUCCAGCCUGGGACUCUCCCUCCCUCCUGCCAAGCCCUGACUAUUAAUCCCAGCCCUGGCACUCCUUCCUUCAAGUGCCAUGUGGCCAGAAGCACAAGGGCCAAACUUGUGGGCAUGAAGUGAAGCAGCAAGAAUCCCAACCAUCAGGGUAGCAAGUUCUAGAGCCCUAACCCAUUGUGGCCAUCCCAGCCAAAGCCCUGGCUCUAGGAGGUGUGAGUCACCCAGCAAGAGAGGAAAGAUUCACUCUUACACAACUGGAGACAGGGAAGUUGAGCACUGUGAGCUCUGGGGCUUUACCAUAAGCCAACACAAGGUCCCACUGAGAGUUAAACUCAGAUUGCAGGAUUCAGAGCCCUGAGUGCUGCCCAUUACACCAUGGGACCAGCUUAGGCUGAUUUCUCUGCAUAUCAGUGACCCUCAUGGGGCUGGCUUGUGUAAGGGGGCUCUUGGCCUUUUACUAAAACUUAGUGUGUGUGUGUGUGGGGGGGGGUUGGUUGGCUAGUUCCCAGCACCAGUAGAAGGGGGAAGGAUCAAUGGGAAAUCAGGCCCCUGAGACUGACAGUCCCCAGGGGCAAUGGGGAGAGGCCAAAGCUCCAAGUUAGCCGCACUGACAGGCCAGGCAGUGUAAUGAGGGAGUCACCAGGCCAGGGGGUCCCAUCCUCCAUGUGAGCUGGAACUGCCUGGGCCAGAGUGGGGCAGAGCUAAGGAGAGAGCAGGAGCCUGAGAAGAGCGGGGAGCAGAGCAGCACAGGUGUAGUGCCAGAAACUGCUCCCUGUAGGACUUUGCAACCUGUAGCAGCUACUGAUACCUGAGGUUGUUCUUACUUGCUGACUUGUCCUAAUUAGCUAAAACCUGACAGUGGUUUCUCUAGCAAAGGCCAGACCCUGGCCCCUUGGUCCAGACAUCCUCAUUCACAGCAGGCUAGGGGGACCAGAUGUCAAAGAUGAAAUAUCGGGAUGCGGGUGGCAGAGCAAAAAAAAAAUGCCAGAGGCCCCCCUCACCGCCAAGCGGCAGUGGCACAGCCCCAUCUCCACCCAACUCUUGGCUCCGACCCCCGAUACACCCUCAGCUCCCUGGGCCCUCGCUCCUGGGCCCAGCCUGGGCUCCGAGCUCUGCAGCCGAGCUGCGCUCCGGGCCCCUCCUGCAGCUCCUGGGCAAGGGGCGAAUCAGGCAGCCGGGCCCGGCCCCUCCCAGCAGGAAUGUGUCUGCCUCACGUGUGUCUCCGCUCCCCGCCCACCUGGGUCCUGCCUGCUCCACACUGCCCCCAGCCCCAGUGCGCUGCUCCACAGGCUGCAGGGCUGGAACAGCCUCUGCGCUCCGCUCCCGGCCCCGGUCAUGGCCCAUGUGCAGACCUGGGAGGGAGGAGGAAUGCCGCGUGCUUGGGGAAGAGGCGGGUCCAGGGCGAGGAUUUGGGGAGGAAUCCAAAGGGCCAGUGAGGGGGUGGGGCUGGGGGCAGAGCCAGGGCUGGGGUUUGGGGAAGGAUCCAAUGGGACAGUGAGGGGGUGGGGCCGGGGCGGGUCCAGGGCGAGGAUUUGGGGAGGGAUACAAAGGGGAAAUGAGGGGGUAGGGUUGGGGGCAGGACGGGGUGGGGGCUUGGGGGAAGGGGUGGCGUGGGGGCAAGGCCUUGGGAGGAAAGGGAGGAUUUGUCCCAGACCCUGGAUCCCUCUAGGGCUGGCCCUGAAGGGAAACGCUGACUAUCACAGCAACAAUAAAACUGAUAAGCAUUGCUGGGGAGGCAGAGGGAGAUCCGCACUCAUCAGGUCUCUUCUCUCCCUCAAGGUGAGCCAGGCACUGCUCUCUCCUGGCUCUCGCCAAGGAUCCAUUUCCCCACAGGAAGUGUAUUUAGUGCCCUGUGGUGCUGGGGGGGCUGGCGCUGCUGCUGCCUGUGGGGUUGGCAGGGGGGCUGAUGUCUGCACAGACUCUCAGUUGCCAGGCUGGAGGGGGCACUUGGGACCUUACCAGACUGGCUCAGUGAAGACGGGGGGUUGACAGAGCAAUACAGACGCUCUCCAGAGCACGGAGCAGCAUCCGCCCAUGCAGCCAGGCAAUGAGCAUUUCCCACAGCCUGGAGCCAAGGGGGAGGCAGCAGCUGCUGUUCCAGCUCCUGGGGGACAGGCCCUGUCAGCCAACAGACACUUCUUACUCACCACAGCUAAGGGCGUCGGGUUCCUCCGGUGGGGGUGUGGAGCAGCCGUUCAUUUUCCUGUCGUUUUUGUGUGCAAUUGCUGACAGAAACAUCCCAGACAGAGAAGCAACAGGCCAAAAUACUCUCAUGCAGUUGCCAAAGGAGCUCAGUUAGGAGAGCGUUAGACUGAAGAUCUAAAGGUCCCUGGUUCAAUCCUGGGCUUUAGCAGGCCCUGUCAUCCCUCCUUGUGUAGGGGUGGCUUGUUUUCUGAGAGCACAGCAGUGCCUGCACCCAAGGUGAGUUCCUGAGUUUGGGCUCUGCAGUAGGAAAACAUAGAAGGGGCUUCUGCCCCUAGUUGCCACAUCUGACCUUUAAUGAUGAGAGCUGUCUUUCCCAACAUGGCAGGAAGAAAGUGAGGCAGGACAGCCCUCAGAAAUGGUGCUAGAGUGCUGCUAAGCAGGGAUUGGGGAUGAAAACUCCUCUGUGUAGCUGAGCAAUGGCAGCACCAGGGAAGGGGCAUCUGUAAAAGUGACCCAACACACCUCUCCUCCUCUGGGCACCUAGAGCAGAGGCAGUGGGUGCUGACAGCUCCAAGGGAAGGCUUAAAAGCCACAGAGCAACUGAGGCCAGGGCUAGAGGAGGGCAGGACCAUGCCUAUGUGUGGCCUUCAAACAGGUACAAAAACACCCAGCCAGGCUGCUCCCUGCCAUGCCAAACACCCACUGAAGAUCACCCGCAUGUGCAGCAGCUGCUGAUGCUCUGUGGCCAAUGUCACAAGAUGGCAGGAAAACAGGGCCAGCCCCCAUGGUGGGGCCUCUGACUUUUGCACUGGGGCAGGAGAUUUUACCCCAAGAGGCUUUUCCUGAGCUGGCGAGAAGCAGAAAAACACCCAGGCUCCGGAGAUGCGAUGUAGCAAGUACCCUCCAGCACAGAGACAGGCGCACACGCCAGCCCGGGCAGCCACCCACUUUCUUUGGCAAGUCAGGAUGGGCAAAGCCUAGACUGGAAGCAACUGUGGCUCCUGCCCCAGCCUUUGUGACGCCCACCCCACAACUCCUUCCCAGGGCUCUAGCUGCAGCCAGAGCACUGGCCUGAGCGGCCAAGAAGAGGGUCCAGCCCUGAAGAGAGCAGGAUGUUCAGCACAACGGCAAAA